UGGGCAAAGGGAAAAAGCAAAAAGGGAGUUAAUAUGAUACAAAUGCAGAGAGGUGAGAGAGGCAAUUGGAUCGCAAACUAUUUGUCUAUUUUUCUGGCUCACUUCUGAAAACUCUCUCCGAUACCAAUUCGAAUCGCAAUCCCCAUGGAAAAAAUGACUUUGCAGGACUCAAACCAGCCCAAUAACAGUCCGUUGUUGAACUCUGAAGCUGACUCUCAAAGAACCCUAUACCCAUAUGUGACUGGAACGUCUGUAAUUGCCCUCAAAUACAAAGAUGGGAUUUUAAUGGCUGCUGAUAUGGGAGGUUCAUAUGGGUCUACCCUGCGAUACAAGUGUGUGGAACGAAUCAAGCCUAUUGGAAAGCAUUCUCUUCUGGGUGCAAGUGGAGAAUUAAGUGACUUUCAGGAGCUAUUGCGUUAUCUUGAUGAGCUCAUCCUGUACGACAACAUGUGGGAUGAUGGAAACUCUUUAGGGCCUAAAGAGGUACACAACUAUUUGACUAGAGUGAUGUACAAUAGGCGUAACAAGUUCAAUCCUCUGUGGAACUCACUUGUCCUUGGUGGAGUGAAAAAUGGUCAUAAGUACCUUGGGAUGGUCAGCAUGAUUGGUGUAAAUUUCGAGGAUAAUCAUGUGGCUACUGGAUUUGGGAACCACCUAGCAAGGCCAAUUCUCCGUGAUGAGUGGCAUGAAAACUUGAGUUUUGAAGAUGGUGUAAAGCUACUAGAGAAAUGUAUGCGUGUGCUCCUAUACCGGGAUCGGUCUGCUGUCAACAAGCUUCAGAUAGCCAAAAUCACUGAAGAAGGUUUUACAAUUUCUCAGCCUUACUCACUGAAGACUUUCUGGGGAUUCUCUGCUUUUCAGAAUCCAACUGUGGGUGCUGAAGGUUCAUGGUAGCUUGGUAGCUACACAGCCUUUUUAAUGCAUAUCAUGAGAAGCUUUUGUAAUAACUAUGUUAUGUUUUAAGAUCUUAUGAUAAUCUUGACCUUUUUUUU